ACAAUAAAGCACCAUUUCUCAGAAAAUCCAGGAAACCCAAAACCCCAAUGGAAGCGACGACGAUGACUAAUCGGAACCCUAAUCGAAGCCUAAACGACCUCCCCGACGAAAUCCUUCUCCACAUCCUGAGCUUCUUCCCGACCCUCGACGCCGUCCAGACGUCCCUAAUCUCCCGCAAAUGGCGACCCCUCUGGUCCCGCCUCCGCUUCCUCAAAUUUUCCUACGAGCACUUCCCCCUAAACGACCCGCCCUCCGAUAACCGCGACUUCUUCGCCGAGUUCGUCGACCGCGCCCUCAUUCUCCGGCCCCACUCCCCCAUCGACCUCUUCUCCCUCUCCUUCAUCUACCACGACCGCUUCGGCUUCCACGUCGACUCCUGGGUCCGCUGCGCCGUCACGCUCCUCCACGCGCGUGAGCUCCACCUCGACUUCUUCAUCGACCGGGAGUACCACCAGACCGACGAGACCUUCAACCACAAGUACGAUUUCCCUUUCGCCGUCCUCAGAAAUGGCGCCGUCCGGGUGUUGAAGCUCACGCGCGUCGACCUCACCUUGCCGGCGAGCAUGGCCGCCAUGGGGCUCGUCUCUCUGAGCUCAAUGUAUCUCGACGAGGUCUACUUGACGGACCAGAUGGUGUGUGAUUUGAUAUCGGGUUGUCCGAAUCUCGAGGAAUUGGAGCUCCAGAACUGUUGGGGAAUGGAGAAGAUGAAGAUAUGUAGUAAAAAGCUGAAGAAGCUGGCGUUUGCUUAUAUAUAUGAUUCGGAUAACAGGAACACGAUUGAGAUUGAUUGCCCGAAUUUAUGUUCGAUAAGCUUUGAUAACUGUAGUUUUACACAGUUUGUGCUUAAGUUUGCGCCGGCCCUGGUUGAGUUUAGUGUCAGCAUUGUGAGGAUAAUGGAGCAGGACUAUGGUUUGUGGAGCAGGAUUGUGAGGCUACUUGAGCAAGCGCCUUAUGUGAAGCAGCUUAAUUUGCAAAAUUGGUGGUUUAAGCUUCUUACAUCAAAGGAUCCUUUCUCCAAAAGUUUUAUGCUUCACAACCUCAACCACUUGGAGCUGCGAACAGGGUAUACCCAAUGUGAUCUGAUUGGCUUGGCAGCACUGCUUGAGCUUUCUCCCAAUCUCAAGAACAUGACUUUAGAUUAUGUGGAAGAUGGCAUUUUACCUGAAGAGUUCUCAAAUAAACCAGAUGGAUUCCACAUGCCAAGUCUGAGGCAAGUGACCAUGAAAUCAUAUUCUGGAACACCAGAUGAGAAUAAUUUUGUAAAUAUUUUGAAAAAGCAUGGGGUGGUCCUAGAAAAGAUAGUAAUCCAUCACAUCAAAGUUGGUGAGAAAUCAUUUUCUCCGGUAGUUUUAAGUAAAAUCCCUUGCAAAGUUUAAGCCCUGCAAGAUCUUCUUAUUAGUAUAGGAGUUCAUUGGCUCUGAGUGAAAGGGGGAAUUUAUAAAAUGGUUCUAAAUUUCUUGUUUUUAAUCUGAUGAUGUUAGAUGACUUAUCCCUGAUAUAAUAAUUAUGUUCUGUUGAGAUUAGUUUUGAGAU